CUUCUUCUUGUCUUCUUGAAGUAACCCAUUUUUCUUUACUCUCUUUUCCUCUCUUUAGUUAGCAACAACAAACUUGAUCAUCAUCACCAUCUUCAACAUUUUGAAUCAAGAGAAAGAAAAAGAGAGAAGUUUGUUGUCUACAAUUUUAUCAGUCCUUAUGAAGAAGCCAAAUUUUGUUGGACUGACAAUAUUUGGUUUCAAUGAUUUUGUAUUAUCCUUUUUAUUUUCUUUUUCUUUAUUAUUUUGGUGUCUUUUUACCUCUUUGUGAUUCUGGUAGCUCGGAUCCGGAGAUACAACGGUUCAGUGGUAAUUUGAGUCAUUCCGAUGACUUCAAAUUAAUCCUUCGGGAUGGAGAUUUUCUCAUUAUUGGAGCUAAAAAUUUAAUUUAUAACAUCAGUUUAACCUCUUUUGAGACUGUUCGACGCCUUGAAUGGUAUCCAUCGGAACAGGAUCUUGAUUCUUGUGUUUUAAAGGGAAUCAAUAAAGAGAAAAGGUGCCAAAAUUAUAUUCGUGUUCUUGCAUUGAAAUCGGAUGGAGGCCUUUUUGUGUGUGGAACCCAUGCUUACAGGCCAAAGUGUCGAGAUUAUGUGCAAACAGCAAACGGAUAUGAAUACCGUAAUGAGACACCAGGAGAUGCUUUGUGUCCAUUUGGACCGGAUCAAAAUAAUACUGCUAUCUUUGCAGAACCUGUGAAAGACAAACCAGAAACUAAACUUUAUGCAGCAACACCUACUGACAGAGCGGGAAGUUUGUAUUCAAUUUCCAGGCUUCCUUUGCAAACAAGACCCUCUGAUGUGCUUCAAUUAAAUGAACCUAAUUUCGUCAAUUCCCAGGUAUACGGAAAACAUGUAUACUUUUUCUUCCGAGAGAGUGCAGUUGAAUUCAGUAAUUGUGGUAAAGUUAUCUAUUCUCGAGUAGCUCGAGUCUGUAUCAAUGAUCAGGGACAUCCCUCUUUCAAAAGCCUAUGGACCAGUUAUCACAAAGUCCGUCUUGAUUGCUCCAUUCCGGGCAAAUUUCCUUUCCAAUUCAAUGAAUUACAAUCAACCAGUGAUAUAAUUAGAGGAAGCUAUAGUGGUCGAGAUCCGGUCGAAAUUUUCUAUGGUGUUUUCACUACACCCGACAAUGCAUUAUCUGCAUCAGCUAUUUGUGCCUACACCAUGGGAAGUGUCCAGGAUAUUUUUGACAAUGGUCGAUUCUUGGGCCAGGAAAGGUUUAACUCAAUUUGGGCAGAGGUUCCUGAAUCUCAGGUUCCCUCACCACGACCAGGUCAUUGUGUUCCCGAUUCUAGAGCUACUUCUGAUGCUCGAGUCAUUUUUACUCGAGAUAAGCCGCUUAUGGCGGGUAGUGUUCGUCCACUUUUUGGUCAUCCCAUAAUUAUUCAAACUAAUCCUCGAUUUAGAUUUACCAAAAUUACCGUUGAUCCACAAGUUGAAACUGUUUCCGGAUCAAGGUUUGAUGUAAUUUUUGUUGGAACCACUGAUGGUCAUGUUCUUAAAGUCAUCAAUUCAGCAUCCAAUGCACCCAAUGGACAUGAAAAUUACAACAAAACUCUGCCUGUAGUCAUUGAUGAAAUUUCAGUUUUUCCCGGUAAACCCAUACUCAAUCUUUUAAUUUACCGGACUAUUUACGAAUCAAAGUUAGUUGUUGUUACAGACUCGGAGGUUCAAGCAAUGCCUCUAUCUAAAUGUGAAAAACGUGCCAAUUCAUGUGGGAAGUGUGUUGCCCUUCAAGAUCCAUACUGUGCAUGGGACAUUUCAAGAUCGUUAUGUACAUCUGCUCGUCUUCGUAUUUGGAAUAGAGACAAUUUUGUACAAAAUGUUGAAGAAGCAUGGGACAAUAGAUGUCCCGAUGGAAGACCUCCAGGUCCUAAUGAUCCAGGCGGGGGAAGUGAUGUAAGAAAUGGUGAUCGUUUAGCUACCGGUGAUAGACACUCAUUAGGAGGAUCACCGCCAUUGACUGCCGAGAGAAACAGUGGAACAGAUGAAACAACAGGAUCUAAUUGUGAAAUUGCUACAUCACAGUGUUUCUCAUCAGACACUUUAGCCUUUGGAAUUGUGACCUCAGUGGUUUCCUCUUUGGUUAUCGGUUUCAUUUUAGGCUACAUUUUUAGUCAUCGUUGUAAAAAAGAAGAUCCUGGGGUGUGUUCCCCUUAUGCUGAUGGUCGAGCCUACCUUGACCAUAGGACAUUAAGUCGUCAUUUACCCAAUGACACUUACGGUGGUUUAGGUGUACCAGCAAUUAAUAAACCAAUAAAUCUAGUGUUAAAUGUUCCACCCAAGAAUGGAAAAAACGCCAACAGCUCGGCAGACAACAAACCUAUUCAGAAGGUGAAGAAGAUAUAUUUAUAGGAAGUACUCUUCCUCGUGGUUCGAUUAAACAACAACAACAGUCACAUUCACAUCAUAUUUAUCAACCAACUCAGCAACAAUGGGAAUCAACUGUAAAUAGAUACACAUAUGAAACUGAUUCUCGUGAUUCUGACUAUGAAGAUAUAAGUGAUCUCUAAUUGUUUAAUCAACACACACACACAAUAAAUAUACUUUUUCAUCAACCUUUCAAGUUGGUUGAACAAAGGAGAGAGAAAAUUUUCUUUCUCUUCUUCAACUAACAUGGAUACAGAAAUUGAACCCAACAGUUGACAGACUUGGAGCUCAAGUUUUCUGGUUAUCCUGCUUUAAAAAUUCAUGGUUAAAACUUUUAUUACCCAACAUAUUGCAAAAAAACGGAUGAUUCACAGUGAAGUAAACACGCAAUUACAUGUUGUCCAAAUUAUUCAAAAUGAAAUGUUGCCAUUCUUGUAAUAACAUCUGAUGAAGAAAGGCAAUCCUUAGCGGUGUGACAAAAACAAAAUACAGGAGCAAAAGAGGACCCAAAUCCUGGUUUAGAGCUUAUUAAGCAUCCAGAUCAUCAUCAUUAUCAACAUGAUUGUCUCUAACAUCUCUUCUGUGUGAAGAUUAUACAUGGAUUAGCUUGAUCUUGCGUCCUUUUCUCUAUCUUCCUGCAAUAUUUCAGUGUAUUACAUCUUCUUUUCCUGCACUUUUCCUAAUGUUUGACAACUGAUGAGGAUAAUUCCAUGUCUAACCAAAAAGACAAGAAAAAAAGGAAAUGUGCAUCAAAAAAAGUAGAGGAGGAGAUAAGAUACCUGCCUUUUCCAAUGCUUACAUUGAUGUUCAAUUCUAUCUGUCUAAGUGAAACAUGUCUCCACUCUGAUGAUCAUCAGGGUAAUGUUGAUGAACCCUGUUUUUUGACACUGGAUCUCGUAUUGGAUAUUACAGAUCUACAUGGAUUACUGUUCUUUUCAUCUUCAUUCUCUUGAAAUUCUGGUUUCACAAUCUUCUCAAAUAUACGUGUUUGAUGAAAAAAGGAUGGAAACUUGCAGAAAAAGAUUCAAGUACACACUGAAUAUUGAUUCAAAGGUUGAUUUUGCUUCUGCUGUGGGAACAGGAAAUUGUUAAACUCUGAUAAUCAAAUUGAAAACAUCAAUUAACUUAAUAAAGAAAUACGGAAUGGAUCUGAAUCAAAAAUCGAUUCAAUUUGUUCCACUCUUCAGGAAUAAAUAUCAAGAUCAUGGAUGAUUACACUCAGACGCUAUGGACCAUCAAGACUUUGGCCUUAAUUGCAAUUGGAUCUAGUCUAGAGCCAAGGAUCGUGUUCAAUCAAAUUCUGGGUUAUAGCUACGGCAGUUGUCUGGAUCCAAUCUGAAUAUAUGGAACAGUUAUUUCAAUAUCAAUUUAUAAGAUGUUCAAUUCUUCUCCUGCCGCAGUCCCGCAUUUCAAGACUAUCUGAUGCCAAUCAAAUCCUUUUUAAUUAUAAUCGACUGAGCCUGAAAAGCAUCUAAUGAGAUGUUCAUUCAAAAUAUUCUCUCUUUUUGGCGAUUAUCGGAUUAUGAUGAAUCCUGUUUCAAGCUAUUGAAUCAUUUUUUUUGGAUAUGAUGGAUUUACAUGGAUAACUGAUCUCUUUAUCUUUCAUCCUUUUAUUUUUUCUCUCUCCUGUUUGCGUUAUGCUUCUGUAAUCAUCUCCGUGAAUGGAUGUGUCUGGAUAAUAACAGUUUAUCAUGGAUUCAAGCACACUCUGAAUAGGUACUCAAAAUUAAAUGUUGCCUCUGCCGAGGGUAAACAAACACAAUUUAUUAAAAAAAACAAACAAAGGAUGCAAGCACCGAAAACAGCAAAUUAACAAAUAACGAUAACCACAAAUUUUUAAACAUGUAUAGUGUCAUCUUGAAGCAAACCCAAGAUGAAUGAACAAAAUGUUUUUUGACUAUUAUUAUUAUUAUAAAUUGAAACAGUUUUUUUCAAUUUCAUCUUCAAUUUUUUCUUUACCUCCCUGUGAUCAUAUUUUCCAUCGCUUUGUACAACAACAAUCAUCAUCGCCAUCAUCAUCAUCAUCAUCAUCAUUUCAUUAUUACCUUCAUCAGCCAAAAAAUCAUCUCAUCUUGUAGACACUUCAAAUAAAGCUAAGCAAAGACAAAGACAAUGAAAGAUAGUUUUGGUAAUAUUUAAAAGAACGAACGAACGAAAAGAAAAGUUCUUAUUAAACUCAAAGUUUGAGUAAAAUCGAUUGCAGCCUAAGAUAUUGGAGCCACCAUAAAAGAAGGAAAGAGAGUUGAAAAUGCUAGAACUUUGACUCGAACAACUCUACAAUAUCGUCCCAUUACUCAACCUUCAUUGUCAAUUCCUCGAGUUACCGAGUAUGGACAACUUCUAGUCUGGUUUUCCAAGCAUUUCCAUUCUAUUUAUUUCCAAUUCCAGAUAUCAUGAAAUCACUCUCAUCUUCAAAUUGAACGAAUGACAAAGCUACCUUAAAAGCUUAAAUUUCAAACUACUUUGGUUUACAUUAUUUGGUUUUUUAAGGAUUAUUAGUACAAUUUUAUGACGAGGAAAUGUAUCUGAAAGGCAACAAAGAUCUUAAAAUAAUAAAAGCAUAAUUUCAUUGUACCAUUGAACCAGUCUAUUAAUAAUUACUUAAACAUUAAUGGUUAAGAUUAUCAAAUAAGGUUGCUUUCAUUGGUGAUGAAACCAAAGAAAUGAAAAUAGCACCAAACAUUACCAACAAUUCAACAUUGAUUUGAACACAAGCUUCUGUCCAUUUGCAAAAUCAGAUUUGUAAUGUAUUCGAAUUGUUGAAAAGUUCGGAAUUUUGGCUUUUUUCAAACGGUUAAGAACAUGAUUGUCGAGUAGGACCAAUUGACCAAGAUCGGGUUCUUGUUAAAUUAAAACAAUCUGCAAGUCCAUGGAUUUUUUGAAUUUUUUUCAAAUUCUUCAGCUCAGCUUAUCCAAUCACUUUCACUGUAAACCCGAUGUCUGCCAACAAACUCGAGUAAACUUGUACCCCUGAAAAGGUAGAAGUGUCAUGAAUUUCAAUAAAAUAUUUUACUUUCC